AUGGAACAGUCUAUCAGGAGCAUAGACGGUUCUAGAUCUUUGAGCAAUGUUGGCGCUUCACUUAUAGAUCGUGAAUCGAUCAAUCAGAGAGCACUACAAUUAUUACAGAGAAACAGAAGAAGACGUUUGUUGUUAAAUAGAAGUGAAGACAAAGCAAGAUACAUCCAGCCCGAGCGUUCUGCUAGCAGCCAGCAGAUUCACCCUCCAGAGCAUCAUAUCAGCGCACAUGAAAGAAUAACAAAGGCUCGGGGAACUAGAUAUAAACCUACUGACCUAGCUUUGGCAGAAAUAAGGAAAUAUCAAAGAUCCACAGAUUUGCUUAUAUCCAGAAUGCCCUUUGCGAGGCUAGUGAAAGAGGUAACAGAUCAAUUCACUACCGAGAGCGAACCUCUUCGAUGGCAAUCCAUGGCAAUUAUGGCUCUUCAAGAAGCAAGUGAAGCCUACUUAGUCGGUUUAUUAGAGCAUACAAAUCUAUUGGCACUUCAUGCUAAAAGAAUUACAAUUAUGAGAAAGGACAUGCAACUAGCUAGAAGGAUACGAGGUCAAUUUAUUUGA